AUUGUAGUCAUAACUAAAUUUUCAGUUCCAUAAAUAAGUACAAUGUGUAAUUUUAAAUUCAACUUGGCAACCAUGCAAAUAGUGAUGACAAUUCUAAAAAUAAACAAAUUUGACAGUUAACAGAGUCUACUGAGUGUGAUAAAAUUUUGUAAUUUUUAGUAUAGAUAUAUUUUUUAUCUACUAUCAGGUUAUAUUCAAAUUCAACUCGUCUGCUCAAGGGAAGUAAACCAAGGACUCGUUUAUUUUCAGUUUACUGCUUUUUCGUUCUUAUUUCGAUUCGAAGAAAUCAAAAAAAUGUCGCCAACGCCUAUGCCAGGUUUAACCAACAUGUCUCGUGAGCAUAUGAUCUGUUCCAAAUGUGGAGAAGGUUUUGAACCCCAGGAAAAAAUUGUCAAUUCUACUGGACAGCUGUGGCACCAACAGUGCUUUGUGUGUGCGCAGUGCUUCAGAGAAUUUCGAGAUGGUGUCUUCUAUGAGUUUGAUGGUCGCAAAUACUGUGAACAUGAUUUUCAUGUGUUGUUUGCCCCUUGCUGCAAUAGAUGUGGGGAAUUCAUCAUUGGAAGGGUGAUAAAAGCAAUGAAUGCUAGUUGGCACCCAUCAUGCUUCAGAUGUGAAAUGUGCAGUAUAGAGCUGGCCGACACUGGUUUCAUUAAGAAUGGUGGUAGAGCUCUAUGUCACGAGUGCAAUGCCAAGGUUAAAGCCAGGGGGCUUGGAAAAUAUGUAUGCCAUAAAUGCCAUUCAAUUAUCGACGACCAACCAUUGAAGUUCCGCGGCGAGGUGUACCAUCCGUACCACUUCACUUGCACUGCGUGCGGUGUGGAACUUGAUGCCAAUGCCAGGGAGGACAUGAACGAACUUUAUUGUCUGAGAUGCCACGACAAGAUGGGCAUCCCAAUUUGUGGGGCUUGCAGAAGGCCCAUCGAGGAAAGGGUAGUUACUGCCUUAGGGAAGCAUUGGCACGUGGAGCAUUUUGCAUGUGCUAAAUGUGAGAAACCAUUCUUUGGCCAUCGUCAUUAUGAGAAAAAGGGGCUGGCUUAUUGUGAAACCCACUACCAUCAAUUAUUUGGGAACUUAUGCUUUGUUUGCAAUCAAGUCAUUGCAGGCGAUGUGUUUACUGCCUUGAAUAAGGCCUGGUGCGUUAAUCACUUUGCCUGCUCAGUUUGCGAUCAGAAGAUGAACCAGAAAACCAAGUUCUACGAGUGUGAUCUUAAACCAGUGUGUAAAAAAUGUUACGAAAAAUUCCCCGCGGAAUUCCGUAGACGUCUACGAAGGCAACACGAAGCUGCUACACCCAAGAAAGCUAGCACACCUACAUAAGCUGUCAGUUGCAAAUAAAUUGGUCUGUUUCAUGUUUAUCCGCAUAUGGCGUAGUCAGCAAUUUGUAAAAUUAUUUACUUAUCGGAUCUUUCUGAAUAACCACCGUUCACUCGACACACCCGUUAUGACGUUUUUUUCUUUGACACUGCCACCUAUCAGUAGUUCCCUAAACGCGGUACUACCGCCCCCUACGUCGAUAGUAGAAAACUGCAUGCGUUUCCCGGCAUCUUCAAGACAGUCCGUUUCAAUGAAACAUUGAAUACAGAAAACAAAAAGAUUGUUUUCAGUAUGUUUAGUUUAUGCAACUUGUGCAUAGUACCUUAGAGCCGGUACUCUGGUGAGCACUUAGUGCUCCCCUGAGUGAGAAGACGCCUAUAUGGUGGACGACACUUAUCUGUUUCAUUCAGAGAUAUUGAGAAAUGCAUCUAAUCUUCUCUUGCCGACGUAGUGGUCGGUAGCGCGUUUUGCCAUAUUUUCAUAAAUGGCAGUCUCACCUUUGGCACUAUGUACAGAGUUUUUCAGUAUAUCCAUAUUCCCUUGUUUGCUUACCAUUGUCUGUUUCCAAUGACUAGACCUAAACCAUACUGAUAAUUGCUGUAAAUUGCUAAAAGUAUGAAACAACGUUGUAUACAGUUGGUUAUGGUCACAUAGACGGAAAGUAAACAUAUUCUAUUCAGCCUAUAGUGGCCUUGUCAAGCUAAAAUGUUUAUCUAACGUUUGAACCUGAUUGAAUAACGGCAUUGACCAAAAGCUCGAAAACGUUAUAUCAUUGAUUAACAUAUUCUACCUGAUAUAUUCCCGCAUCAAAAAAAUUAUCCGAGAUAAAAUGAGAUACCGUAGCGUGGAAAUUUGUCACUGCUGUUCCUCUUUUUGCUAUUAUAUGCUUUGAAAAUGUUACUGUCUCAUAGGUGGAGCUGUAGCCAACUGUAUGAGUAUAUAUAUAUAGCGCCAUCUAUGAGACACUAACCUUUUCAAUGUAUAUAUGGUAAAUAGCUGAACAAAUGCUCAUAUAUGAGUAUGCUUAUUUUCUAACUCACCCUUUUAUUAUUCUUACCUGUCCCUAUGUCUGUUUCCAUCUAAAACUCCCCAUUCAGUGUCUUAUGGGAUGUGAAUGCAUUCAACAAAUUCGUAUGAAUGGAUUGUAAUCAAUGGUGCAAUAUCUUACAAACUGUAAAGUGCAACUUCUAUGCAGUCUAUAUUUAUUUAAACAUCGCUUCUAUUUAAAAUAUAUGUAAUGUAUCUAUGCAUGUUCACAUAUUGAAGUGAAAAUUUCUUAUAUGCUUUGAUAAUUAUCUUGUUGAUUGAGCCAUCAAACUCUGAAAUCCACCAUAAUACAAGAUAAACCACAAUGCUGCACUAUUAGAUUGAAUGAAGGUAUUACUAAAAUUUUAUAAUUACAACUGAUUACUUGAAGGAAUAAUGGUGGGUUACAGUGUGUUGCAGGCAGUUGCUUUUAUAAAUAAUCUUAUUCUUCAGAAUAGGAUCAAAAGAAUUGUGUGUAGUACAAUCAUUAUGUUUGACAAUGAUAUUCAAUUUAAAAAUUUCUCAUAUAUUUUAGUGGAGAGAUCAAAUUACAGCUAAAUCAUAUGGUUAUCAUUGUAGGCUGUGCUUGUAUUUUGUUUUGGAGAAAGAUUUUUAUCAAUUUGUCAACCCCAAUCUAUUCGCACUAUUUAAUUUAAUAUUCAAAAGCUAAUAACCUAUUUUCAAUCUUCUUGGUACUCACCUUCCUUAAAGUUACUUUGGUGUAGCUUCAUCACAAAGUUUGUAUGAGAUGUAGGAUUGUGAUGUUUAUUAGUGCCUUAUAGUAAAAUAACUUCUUUAUAUUAACGUAUUUUUUAAGAAAAACAUUGUAAUGUCACCAAAGGCUAGUUUAGCGUUGGUAGUGAUACUUUAGGAAUAAUUUAUCGGCUCCUCGAAAGUUAUCAGUAUGGGCCUGAUUCUAAAUGAGUUUAGACACUGCCGUGAUAAUUUGAAUAUAGAAGAUCAAUAUUAUCAGAUGUUAAAAUUAUAAUAGCGAAUCAAGUUUGUCAAAAACCUCCAUCGAAAGUAAUUUCAAUGGUCCAAACUGAUUUAGAAUCUCUUUUACACCCUCGUGUUUUUCUCUGAAGACUGAAUUAAAUUCAGAAACUUUCAGGUGAACUAUACUAUUAUUUUAAUGAUCAUUAUCAAACUAGACUUUGAUUAGGCAUAGUGAUUCUGGACACUUAAGCGAAACUUACUGUACUUUUACAAGAGCUUGAAGACAUUACGACUGUAGAUCUGGAUAUGAUACCGGUAUAUAUAUUAAUAAGCUUUGAUAUAAUUUCAUAUAUAUGAUGUAUUCGGAAUAUUUUCUAAUAUCUGUUGUAUUAACUGACCUAAUACAAAAUCUUUGUAGUGGAUGAUUAUUUAACUUUAGUCAUAGGGAAAGCAGUCUAACAAAGGUUAAUUUUCACAUGUGUAAACCACUACUAUAGUGGUUGGUUCAUCCGUGGAGUAAAUUAUUUACAUUUAACGGGUUUGCAGAGUAUUUGAAGUUAGGUAAGUUUCAAACUGACAAUUCUCUUUUGAUACUAAAUAAACUAAAUCGUAUAAAUUCCCCCGCGUAGAGCUCUAAAAGCUAAUGAUUUAAGAGAUUACUUAACAAAUAACUUUAUGAAGACAUCAAGAUAUUCGUAAAACGUGUAGCUGAUUAGCUUGUUACAGUUUCUUUGUAUGGUAAAAAUUAACUACAUCUUGAUGAAGUAGAUUGUUUCGUUUUUCUUAUUUAGGAUAAUUUUUAGCUGUUCUUAAAAAUAUCGAAUUUCACUUUUAUAACCAAACAAGCCUGAGGUCUCAUAUCUACCAACUGAACAAACUUUAGGCGGGAUAACACUUGCGCCCAAUGUGGGGCCCCAGUGUUAUCCAGUGCACCGGAAACAGUCACCUUCAGCUCUCGUAUUUACGGUCGACAGAAAUUAUAAAAAAUGACCUCCAACGAGAUGGAGACUAGAGCACGAUUUUCUACCACAAAAUUGUUAGACUGAGAGAAGUGUCUUGUUAUAAAAAUGAUUCGAUAUUUUUAAGAAUGGCUAUGAAAUUAUUAUCCUAAAUAAGAAAAACGUUGUAAUAAUUUACUUCAUCAAGAUGUACAUAGUUAAUUUUUAGUCGACUAUAAAAAGAAACUGUAACAAGCUUUUAGGACCCUCCAUGGAAGAUUACGUGAUUUAUUUCAUUAUACAAUAGAUUUUUCAGUUGGAAAUUCAAUAUUUUCCCUCAAAUAUCCAGCAAACUCCGCCUUAAGGUGUUCAUGAAUUCCGUCUUCAGACGCCAUUAUCGUCGUUCUUUAUGUAUACCUCAACACCCACUUUAUUUGAGAUGAUUUAAGAUGACUGAUCCCGAAUAAAAUCCACCUAGAAGUGUCUAUCGCAAAAAUCUGUUUGUUCAAAGUAAGAUUGCUGGAAAAGGACAUAAGAUUGCACUGACAAAAACUUUCAUCACCUUUUUAACCUAUUCAACAACUAAACCAACCCAACCAUAAUUUAGCUUGCAAAACUUCCCAGAAGUAUAUGAAUGAAUGUUAUACUUGCACAAUAUUUGACGCAUAAUAUUAAACAAAGAUUGAUGUGCCUCAUAUUUUAGGAUUACAGUCAUGUAUAUUUUUGUAGUAAUAUACUAAUAAAAUCGUAC